AUGGGCGUCAAGCCACCUCCCCUAAAGUGCGUCACACCGUACUGGUCGCGGCACCAGAGCGAAACAUUCGAGCAACAGACAUGCGAGCCACCCGUCGUGCGCCUCGCCGGCGAGCUCGGCUUGCCGUACACGCUCUCCACGGCCGACAGCGGCGGCGUUGGACGCCGCGACGUCCUCGGCACUCAGGGUUCUGUGUACGUGAUGAAGAAUGGCCUCGGAGCGCAGCAUUCCCAAGGGCUCAGAGUCUUCCAGCUGUACUUCCAGCAUGACAAGGAGCUCGCAACCAGCUUGCUGCAGCGCACGCACGAUGACGUGGAUGUUGACGUUGGGCGCGUCUCUUUCGUCUUGAUCCGUCUCAGUCAUUACAUGAAUUACUUGCCCAAACUUGAGGGUAAGAGACACGCGGUAAAUCGCUUGGCGCUAUGA